CCUGCUGCAGAUCGAGAUCCAGAAUCAGCAAAUUGACAGUCUCUGAGAUGUGGCUCUUGAUUUUCUUAGUCUGCCUGCUCAUAUGUGCAGGUAGCACAUACUGGUACCUGUUUGGGAAACCGAGCCCUUUCUCGCUCAACUCAGUGAGACCGCCUGCACCGCGGGAGUUUGAUCAGAAGAAGCGCGACAAAGUCAUCAAGCAAGGUUUCAGCGUUGACAAAGUGCCCAAGAACCUGGAUGUCAUCGUCAUCGGCAGUGGUAUUGGUGGUCUGACGGCUGGAGCCACACUGGCCAAAGCAGGAAAGAAAGUGCUGGUGCUGGAGCAACAUGACCAGGCCGGAGGCUGCUGCCACACUUACAUAGAGAAAGGCUUUGAGUUUGAUGUCGGGCUUCACUACAUUGGCCAGCUCCAUGAGAACAGUCUGCUGCGUAUCGCCUUUGACCAGAUCUCAGAGGGCCAGCUGGAGUUUCACCAGCUCGAUCAACAUUUUGACACCAUUCAAAUCGGCCUGGGCAACGAAAAACGAGAGUACACCAUCUACUGUGGGAAAACUGAGAUGAAAGCUCACCUGAUGAAGCAGUUUCCUGAUGACACAGAAGCCAUUGACAAGUUCUUUAAAAUCAUGAAGAUCUCAGCUAAGAAGACGCACUACCUGGCAACUCUCAAGCUUAUCCCGCAGUGGGUGUCUUUAUUCCUGCUGAAGUCAGGCAUUGCAGACCUCAUCUCUCCAGUUUUCCGCCUCUCUGGCACAUGUGCAACAGAUUUUGUGAACACCUUGACCAGCAACAAGGAUCUCCAUACCAUCUUUUCUUACUUUUUCUAUGGUGUGCCACCAAAGGACUCCAGUGUCCUGAUGAAUGCCCUCAUGAUUCAUCACUACAAACGAGGAGCGUACUACCCUAAAGGCGGGGCCAGUGAGAUUCCUUUCCACAUCAUUCGCACCAUUCAGAAAUAUGGAGGAAACUGCCUGGUGAGAGCUCCCGUCUCCCAGAUCCUGGUUAAUGAAGAGGGAGCUGCUUAUGGUGUAAAGGUGAGGAAAGGUCAAGAGGAAGUGGAAAUUCAUGCGCCUGUGGUGGUUUCAAACUGUGGAAUCUUCAAUACGUUCCAGAAACUUCUACCCCCUGAGAUACAAGCCAAACCAGAUAUUCAGCAACGACUGAACAUGAUGAAACAUGGCAGAGGAUCAUUAUUAGUCUUCUCUGGCUUUGAUGGAACAAAGGAGGAACUGGACCUCGUUUCCACUAAUUUCUGGCUGUUCAAAGACAAUGAUAUGGACAAGUCGAUGGAGGACUACUUUGGAUUGAGCAGAGAGGAAGCACCUGAUAACAUCCCCAUGAUUUUCAUCACAGUGCCAUCUUCUAAAGACCCUGAAGCCAAGAUAAGACAUCCUGGAAAAUCCUGCAUGACAAUACUCACCAUGGUUAACUAUGAAUGGUUUGAGCAAUGGAAAGACACUACUGUACGCAAAAGGGGUGAUGAAUACUACAAUUACAAAAUGCGAUUUGCUAAGAACCUCUUUGACUGGGCCUGCACUGUGUUCCCUAAAAUUAAAGACAAGUUGGUUUUCCAGGAUGUGGCGACGCCACUGACAAACAUGCACUACCUGGGUGCUCAGCAUGGAGCCAUGUACUCCGCUGAGCACAACCUGGAGCGUUUCCAUGCUGAGGCCGUAGCCAAAAACAGAUGCAACACCCCAGUCAAGAACCUGUACAUCUCAGGCCAAGAUGUGUUCAGCAAUGGGAUAGCUGGUGCUCUGCAUGGUGGACUCCUCUGUGCCUGUGCUGUGUUGGACCGCAUUAUCUACAUUGACUUGCUCCUCCUCAAGAAGAAGCUGAAGAGAAGGAAAGCCAGAGAACUGGCAAAGCUGGCUCAGAAGAAACUGCAGUGAAAUUGCUCUCUUCUUCCCCUGCAGGACAAAAACGGAACUACACAAGUAGGGUAUAACAGGACCCUGAAAUAUUGUGGGAAGCUCACGAGAACACAACACUUGUUUAAAUUCUCAAAUCCUAAUUUUUUACAUUAGAAUUCACUUAUUUGAUGGAUAGGAUGUCUUGUUUUUAUUAAGGGAAAUAAUCCACUUGCAAUGAAGACUCAAAUUUAAAUAAAUUUUUAUUCUUUUGUUGUUGUUUUUUGUGUUUGAAAUGAUCAUUAUGAC